UGGUGAAGACAGAGAUAUGCCAGUGGAUCAAGACAAGUUAGAGAAGCUCAAAGCCUCUGUCCGAACCGGUGGCAAGGGCUCAGUUCGUAGAAAGAAAAAGGCAGUCCACAAGUCAGCCACCACAGACGACAAGCGCCUUCAAAACACCUUGAAACGACUCGGCGUGAACAACAUCCCAGGGAUCGAGGAGGUCAAUCUGUUCCGUGACAACGGAUCAGUCAUCCAUUUCAAGAACCCCAAGCAAGUCCAAGCUUCCAUCGGUGCCAACACUUACGUCAUCAGCGGCACUGCCGAGAACAAGAAGCUCCAGGAUCUUCUUCCCGGCAUCAUCAACCAGCUUGGACCUGACAACCUGGAGAACUUGAAGAAGAUUGCUGAGCAGUUCACUGGCCCGGGACAGGCCGCAGGAGGCAGCGGAGACGCGAAGGACGACGACGAUGUUCCCGAGCUUGUUGAAGACUUCGAGCAGGCAUCAAAACAGUAGAAUGUGUUCAAUUUUACCGCCACAACUUGGGGCCGUACGAGUUGGAGUGGCAUGUUCGUGCAAAUGUUUCAUGAGCAAUGUUUGUACCUGUGGCAUUUUUCUUCCUUCAUCCUGUGAGCUUCGAUUGUGAAAUCGAAUCAGCUUGCAUCGAUGAGGCGCGUUCUCUUGUCUUGGAAGUUUUGAGUGGCAGACGAG